ACUCCCAAUCUCACCUCUUUUUAUAUAUUCUCUUCCCCUUUAUCAUCUUUUCACUACUCAACUUCUCAUCUUCUCUCUCUCACAUACAACAGUUUCUCUCUCUCUCUCUAGAAACCGCAAGAUGGGUUCUGCUGCAGUACAAGUGUUUAUGAUCUUGGGGCUUUUGGCCACAUCAUGCAUAGCACAAGCACCUAGUGCUGCACCCACGCAGCCACCAGCAUCAACCCCACCACCACCACCCAAAUCAGCACCAGCUCCGUCACCGACAACAAAAACCCCAUCUCCAGCACCAGCACCAGCACCGUCGCAUAAAACACCAACACCUGCCCCCGCUCCUUCUAAAUCUCCAGCCUCUUCUCCUCCUGCACCUUCCGCUUCUCCAUCAGAGGCACCUACCCCUUCUUCUCAAUCUCCACCUGCACCAGGCCCAGGCAGCGUUGCACCUUCACCAGGCCCAGGCUCUGAGCUACCAACGUCUCCACCACCACCCUCCGCUGCAUUCUCUGCCAGCAAGGCCGUCAUUGCUGGCACUGCUCUUGCGGGUACCUUCUUCGCCAUGGUCUUGGCUUAGAAGUCCAACAGAGAAGCGAUUGAUUGGAUUUGCUCUUAGGAUUCGUCCACGUGGAGGCACUUUGACCCUUGAUCUUCAUUUUCAUGGAUGGACGGACUGACGGGAUCUAUUUGAUUUAUUCUCUUUGUCAUAUUGAGUAGCGUUUUUUUUCUUUUUUCUUUUUCCUUUUCGUUUUCUGUGUUCUCUAUUUAUAUUUUUCUUCUAUGUGUUUGCUCAUUCUACAUUUUGGAGGGGUGACCUUGGUGAUGAUGAUUAUGAUUAUUUGGUGAUUCACUGUUUUGGUGUUUCACACGUGUAUGUAGAUGACCGUGAUGAUUUCAUUGUACAUCUAAUAAUUUGAAAGAAUAA